UCAGUCCUGGCCUCACUGCCACACAGCCGGUGACUCCAAACUGGAAGAUGGCUGCGGUGGAGCGUCCCCCAGUCAAAGAAGGGGUUCGGAUUGCUAUGCUAUGCGUUUGUUGGUACACAGUUAGUUCAGGUGGCAAUGUUGUGAACAAAAUCAUUUUGAAUGGAUUCCCGUAUCCUGUUACUGUCUCGCUCUUUCAUAUCUUUUCAAUCGUCGUCUUUCUUCCACCGUUGUUGCGGGCAUGGGGAGUACCUAAAACAGAAGUACCUCACAGAUACUACCGAUGGUACAUUCUCCCAUUAGCUUUUGGGAAAUACUUUGCAUCAGUAUCAGCACACUUCAGUAUAUGGAAGGUACCUGUUUCAUAUGCACAUACUGUCAAAGCCACGAUGCCAAUAUGGGUUGUGUUGCUAUCAAGAAUUAUCAUGAAGGAGAAGCAGACAACAAAAGUGUAUGUAUCUCUCAUUCCUAUCAUUGGAGGAGUACUGCUGGCCACCGUCACCGAACUAUCCUUUGAUAUGUUGGGGUUGAUUAGUGCCCUGGCGGCCACUCUGUGCUUCUCUCUGCAGAAUAUCUUCUCCAAGAAGGUGUUGCGGGAUACAAGGAUACACCACCUGAGGCUCCUCAACAUACUGGGCUUCAAUGCAGUCAUAUUCAUGCUUCCUACAUGGGUUCUGGUGGACCUCUCAUCUUUCCUGGUGGACGGGGAUUUGAUGGACAUGUCAAACUGGACCGGGACAUUCCUCCUCCUACUGGUCAGCGGCUUCUGUAAUUUCGCCCAGAACGUGAUCGCCUUCAGCAUUCUCAACCUGGUCAGCCCCCUGAGUUACGCCGUGGCCAAUGCCACCAAGAGGAUCAUGGUCAUCAGCAUAUCACUUCUGAUGCUGAGGAACCCCGUAUCCUCCACCAACAUCAUGGGCAUGAUGACGGCCAUUGUGGGGGUCUUCCUCUACAACAAGGCAAAAUAUGACUCGAACCAGGAAGCCAAGAAAAAGCUUCUGCCUGUCUCCAAGCAGGAUAUGAUGUCAUUUGAUAACUUGGGACUGGAUAAGACUCAGCCCAACGGGUCAGUGCCUUUCUCCCAGGGUUCAGAGCUGCAGCACGGCCGCAGCAAUGUACUCACUGACCACUUCCAGUACAGCCGACAGGCCUAUACGAUGAACUAUGGUAAUAACAACCACCAGUAUGUAGUGUAGGUUGUGUUGUCCUCUCCGCCCUCCAUGGACAUUGUGUGCUGCGUUGUCCUGGAAACCUUCUACAAACCGUCGUCAGAGAAAAGUAGUGCUGUUGAAACGGUGCAUUUUCUUUUCCCCUGUUUUUUUUGUUUUUGUUUGCAAUUGUUUUGUUUUUUUCUCUUUUUCAGAUCACAAAGUUAUCUAGUAAUGAACUCAGUUUAGGAGGUUUAGAAAUACUUAACAGGUUUUGUUUAUGGAGUGAAGCAUUACUUUUUUUUGUUUUUGUCUGUUUGCAAAGGAAGGGAUGUUCUUCUUGUUAUAACUGUGAGAACUCUUAAAUGUGGGAAUGAUUGUGUUUAUACCCACAAUGACAGUUUCUGAACGAAUAUGUUGUGCUUAACAUAUACUGUGUAUCAAAGACGCUGAAUAUCCAUGUGCAUACUGUUUUGUGAAUCCGUCUUGACCUCAAUUGCCCCAACCAUGACCCAAGAAUCUCAAUGCUGCUGAAAUGUCAGUACCCCUGCAUUUCUGUCCAAAUAUGAAUUAACUUUCUUGGUAGGAUGUUUGCUGGUGUACUGAAAUGUAGACCUAUGUAAUAGUAAUGAGGAUGUUAUGGAAAGCACUUGUUCCACUAAUUAUAUCAGUUUGCUAGAAAAGUACAAAAGUAGAUGGGUAAAAUGUUUUUACAUAACAGAUGUUCUCUGAGUACUUCUUGCGCAUUGAUUUGAUAACCAUGUUCUGUCCCUUUUAUUUUUAGUUACAUUUCUGGACUGCAGAAUAGUGUGGGAUAGGCCCUCCUAGGUCAAAUAAUUGCUACAUGAAUUCCCAGCUCUUAUAUAAUGCCAGCUUUGCCCUGGAGAGGCCACACAUGUUCUCACUGUUGUCUAUGAUUCUAUCAAGUAAGAGCAUAAAAGUAUCUAGCUAUUUAUAGAUGCGUCAUAAUCCUAAUUAAGUUAAUGCAUGUGAUUCAUUUUUCGUGCCAAUCUUCAGUGGACAUCAAUGCUGUGUUUUAUGUGCAACUUUAGAUUGAAAUGGCCUCAUAGGCUUAACCCUGACAAGAUUGCUUAUUUUAUCUCUAUAAGAUUUCCCCACUCUGUUGUCAUUGUCACAGUCUAAAUUAUUUGUUGGGUCUGUUUAUUUGAAUGUGUUGUGAAAUAUAUUUGUGCAAUUUGAUCGAUCAUAGUUUAAUUUAUGUUGCUCCCAACAGAAGGAGAAGGCCUAAUUGUAUGUAUUGCAAUACACAUUUGACAACUUUGUUUGGGCUUCAACAAACUUGUCUGGGAACAAAAUUUAUAUUUAUGAUGUUUAAUUUGCACAUAAACUGUUCACAUCUUCCGUAUUGUUCACCGUGUACUGCAUAGUACAUGUUUGUUUGCACAGACACUGAUCUCUUCAAACGUUUGCGCCAGGGUAUGCUUUUGAGGAAAAAUAGUUUUUCCUGUACAAAGACUAAAACAAGAUUAAAGAUUAAAUAAAUGUGUCAAGGUGAAUUAUCCAUUGAGAUCUGCAGUCUUAAUCUAACCGGUAAAAUGGUCUGAAGUUUCGGAAACCAUAUCAGUUUGCGGCCUGUCAAGACACUGCUGUCAUUGUGGGGAGGCAAUUGGUCUAGUUGUCCUUUAUCCUUUCGGGCAUUUAAGUUGGUUUUGUUUGUUUUUUUAACACUUUUUUGUACUUUAAUUAUGAAAAUGUAUUUUUUCUGAGAGUUUUGAAAUAGCAGUCAUUGAGAAAUGCACAUCUUCUAAGCCUAUACACCUCUUGAGUUAAAUAACUAGAUUUUGCAUUGGUAUUAUUACUUGAAACUUGGUCAGAUUCUUAAUUGAAAACACUUAAACUAGGAAUUAACUUUGUCACUCUUUUAAUUGGGUUUGUUUAGAUUUCACUGUUGUCUUGACUUGCCAAAUGAAAAGAACUGAUCUAUCUGAAUGAAAUGCAGAACAUUUAGGUUUUUGUUUGACUCAUUUUUAGGAUUAUUUUUUCAUGCAGUAGCACAGUGUUGAACACAAUGUGGAUUGUGUUUACGUUAACUUGUACAGUAACAUUAUUGUCAUCUUGAGCUAAAGUAAUCUUCAGCUAUAGGUAAGAAAUGUUGAUUUUUGGGACUUGUCUAAGAUGCCAUUUACUGGAAUGUACAUUUGUAAGCCUGGUGGUUUGCUUUGUAAAAGUUGUAUAAAUUCAAUUUUGUGUGUUAAAGGAUCUUGAGAAACUGAAUUUUUACUGAAACAAUGUUUAUAGAUUUUUAUUUAUGUUGUCUAGGUACAGAACAUUUACACGGUCUCCGUCUGCUUUGGUUUAGUGAAUACUAUUUUUAAAUGUCAUAAAAAAUAAAUGCAUUGUGAAAAAUGA